GUUGGACAUUGUACUUACUGAAAGACUUCCUAAUUAAGGAUGGCCAUCAUAUUAAAAGAAGAACAGUUUUGCAUCGGGCUUGUGCGCAGGAUAAUGACAUUCGGCUUUGCCUGCUUGGUGUUGACUGGCGUGACUUGGGCCUUUGCCGACAGCAUUCCUUUAGUCACAGAUGAGUUUCGUAUCUUGUCCUUUGGCAUUUAUGGAGCAUUUCUUGCUGUUCAUAUCGUGGUUCAGAGCUUGUUUGCCUUCUUGGAACAUAGGAAGAUGAAGAGAAGUGAUAACAUCUGCACUUACACCAAAACGGUGGCCCUAACCAUUUCGGCCUAUCAGGAAGACACCGAGUAUCUACGGGAAUGUCUGGUGUCUGUCAAAAAUAUUCAAUAUCCACCUGACAAGUUAAAGGUUAUCAUGGUCAUUGAUGGUAACAGUCCUGAUGACCAAUACAUGAUGGACAUGUUUCAAGAAGUGUUUGAAGGGGAAGAUGUAGGAACAAUCUGCUGGGAGAACAAUUAUCAUUCUUGGAAACCAGAAAAUGCAGCAAAGAGCCCUGAUGCUGAUCAACAGGUCGAAAAUGAUACCCUAACCAGAAGUAACCAGGAACAGUCUGAUGAUUUGCCAGAGACCACUAUCCAUGCAAACCAGGAAAUCGAGGUUGAAGAUCCCAUGCUUAGUGAGGUUGAGCAUCUGAUCAAAUCCAAACGAUGUGUGUGCAUUAUGCAGAAAUGGGGUGGAAAGAGAGAAGUCAUGUACACAGCUUUCAAAGCCCUCGGGGAGUCAGUGGAUUAUGUUCAGGUUUGUGAUUCGGACACGAAGCUUGAGCCACUGGCAACACUUGAACUUGUUAAAGUCCUAGAAUCGAAUGAUCGGUAUGGAGCAGUGGGAGGUGACGUGAGGAUCUUGAAUCUCGAUGAUUCCUACAUAAGUUUUAUGAGCAGCCUUCGAUACUGGAUCGCUUUUAAUAUAGAGAGAGCUUGUCAGUCCUACUUUGACUGUGUUUCCUGUAUCAGUGGACCACUUGGUCUUUAUCGAAAUGACCUUCUCCAAACAUUCCUUGAGUCAUGGUACAAUCAGAAAUUUUUGGGGACUCACUGCACUUUCGGAGAUGACCGCCACCUUACUAAUCGAAUGUUAAGCAUUGGUUAUGCAACUAAGUAUACUGCACGGUCAAAAUGCUUUUCAGAAACGCCUGCACAGUUCUUGCGCUGGUUAAAUCAACAGACCCGUUGGACAAAGUCUUACUUCCGAGAAUGGCUCUACAAUUCCUUGUGGUGGCACAAGCACCACCUCUGGAUGACCUACGAGUCAGUAAUUGCAGGCAUUUUCCCAUUUUUUGUCACAGCCACUGUGGUGAGGCUGUUCUUCAGCUGUCAUCUGUGGGACAUAGUGUGGGUUCUAAUCUGUGUCCAACUCAUUGCUACCGUCAAAGCCCUUUAUGCCUGCCUGCUCAGGGGCAACCCAGUUAUGAUAUUCAUGUCUCUAUAUGCAAUCUUGUACAUGGGUGGGCUCCUACCCUCAAAGUACUUUGCCCUAAUUACCAUGAACAAGAGCAGCUGGGGCACCUCAGGAAGGAAGAAAAUUGUGGGAAAUUACAUCCCCCUCCUUCCAUUAUCUAUUUGGUGGGCUAUCCUCUUAGCAGGGAUUCUUUACACAAUCGUUAUGAUGUCACUAUGCACUUCCUGUAGACUUAUCGAGGCAGAGAAAACAUACCUGAUCUAUGGCUCGGCUUUCUACCUCGCCUAUUGGGCAUUGAUGUUCCUCCUCUAUUGGUUGUGGGUCAAACGCACCUGUAGGAGGAGGACUGCUGAUUAUGACCUUAAGGGAAGUACAUAAACAAUGCUAAAUUCUACAGACUGAACAUCCUUAAGUCUGCUCUGGUAGUCUUCAGGACUGAUGCAAAAAAAGGCCCAGAUGCCAAUGUUCUUCUUAUCUUGUACCAUCUUUGUUUACAGGGCAAUUAAAUGGUGUGAGAAACUGCCAUGUUAGAAUAGGAAAUAGAGGCCGGAGAGUGAGGAGCAUGAGCAAAACUUGUGUACAGGUUGUAAACCCUGGUGGUUUAGGCCAAUGGGACACUGGAUGUAAUGACUGCACAAUGCUCUAGUAGAUACCUACAGAAAUCAGAGUUCCCAGAAAUGCUAAAUUCUGCAUUUAUAAAUUGGGUCCAUUUGGAAACACGGUAAUUUCAGUAGAGCCCUGUGGAGUUCAAAACACAAACUGUGCCAUAGGCAUUGUUGCCAGGGCUGGUAUUAGGGUGGGAUCCUGGACCACUUGUCACGAAAUGGGGCCUCUUUGGGAGAAAAAUGUUAAUAAAAGUCAAGAAGGACAGGUUAUGUUUUUAAACAACUAUUGUACAGGUAUGGGAUCUGUUAUCCGGAAACUCAUCAUUCAGA